ACGACGAAUCAGUCGACAAAGUCGAGCUCAAGUCUCCCCUCCCAAUUUUGUCAUUUUUUCUCGUUUUUGUAUACAAUCGCAAUUCCGAAGAGGCUCUGCCAGAUCGCCAAUGGCCGAAUUACAGCACGACAGCACAUGCACAAAGAAUAUACACGCGCACAAAUAGCUCCACUCGAGAGAAUUUCGUAGAGAGAGAGAGGAAUAGAGGAUCUGGUAAAGAUAUGGGUUAGAGAGAGAAGAGAGAGGCCAAAAACGGAAAAAGCAGCAUUAAUUUUGUCCUUUUUUUAAUAUGCGAUCGAGUUAACAUGUUUUGCAUCCAGUUCUAACGCUCCGGUUGAUUUGUAGCUAUUCUGUGAGGCGGUUGUCGCUGUUCGUUGUUGAGAUAGACUCGAAUUUUGUGAAGAAACAGGAAGAUCCUGAGCUCAACUCUAACUAUUAUUACUGAAUUGAGUUCGUGGAAGCUUUUGUGGUUGGAUCUCUGUUACCUCUGCCGGAGUGUUAGUUUUCAUUUUUCUACCGUCAUUGAAAGCCUUCUGUCCUCUGUCUAAACGAAGAUGGCGAAGUUAGGGCACACGGAUUCUAGAAGAAUGUACUCCUGGUGGUGGGAUAGCCACAUUAGCCCCAAAAACUCGAAAUGGCUCCAGGAAAAUCUCACAGAUAUGGAUGCCAAAGUGAAAGCAAUGAUAAAGCUCAUAGAGGAAGAUGCAGAUUCUUUUGCAAGGAGGGCAGAGAUGUAUUACAAGAAACGGCCGGAGCUUAUGAAAAUGGUCGAAGAGUUUUAUAGAGCAUAUCGUGCAUUAGCAGAAAGGUAUGAUCAUGCAACUGGUGUGAUACGCCACGCCCAUCGUACCAUGUCAGAAGCUUUUCCAAAUCAAGUAUUUGGUGACGAUUCGCCUGGUGGUUCGGCUUCUGGAGGUGACAUGAGACCUCCUGAGAUGACAAUGUCGACCCCAAUGGGAGAAUACAUAGAUGAAUCUGAAUCUAUCUCCAAUCGAAAGGCUGUGAAACCAUUCAAGGAUCCGUUUGGGCAUGCAAGAAGGGAGCUUACUUUUGACGAAGAGGAGGAGAUGGAACAGAAUAACCAUGACAAGGAUCCAAACUUGUCAAAACCUAACCAGGAAACUGAGGAGAUUCAGAAGUUGAAGGAAGCCAUUACCAAACUGGAGGCAGAAAAGGAAGCUGGGCUUGCUCAGUACCAGCAGAGUUUGGAUAAACUUUCCCAGCUACAGAAUGAAAUCUCUAAAGUCAAUGAGGAUUACAAAAUCCUUAGCGAUCGAGCAAAUAAUGCGGAAAAUGAAGCUGCUGUGCUGAAGGAAGCCAUAGCUAAAUUUGAAGCAGAGAAGGAGGCUAAGCUUCAAGAGUACCAACAGUGUGUGGACAAGAUAACUAACCUGCAGACUGUAAUAUCUGCUGCCCAAGAGGAUACUCGAAAACUUGAUGAACGAGCUAGCACUGCUGAAAUGGAAGUGCAAUCUUUGAAAGGUGAGCUGGACAAAUUAUCUGCUGAAAAGGAUGAGGCUCUCAAUAAGUACAUGCAAUCACUGGAGACCAUAUCAAACCAGGAGAACAAGUUAAAGCGUACAGAAGAAGAUGCUCAAAGGCUGAAAGAACGAGCUGAAAAUGCAGAAAAUGAAGUUGAAAUUCUUAGACAAACCAUUUCAAAAUUGGGGCAGGAAAAAGAAGCUGCUGCUCUGCAAUACCAGCAAUGCUUGGAGACGAUUGCUACACUAGAGAGCAAACUCAAAGCUGCCGAAGAAGAGGCCAAACGCCUCAAUGUAGAGGUUGAUGAUGGAGUGACCAAAUUAAAAACUGCUGAAGAACAAUGUGUCCUGUUAGAAAGAUCAAACCAAUCUCUUCAUUCUGAGUUGGAAUCAUUGAUGUUCAAGAUGGGAACUCAAACGCAAGAGCUUACGGAAAAGCAGAAGGAACUGGGAACGCUCUGGGCUUGCAUACAAGAAGAGAGGUUGCGCUUUGUCGAGGCUGAAACUGCUUUUCAAACUUUGCAACAUUUGCAUGCCCAAACACAGGAAGAGCUGCGGGGUGUGGCUUCUGAGCUGCAGAAUAGGACCCAACUUUUGAAGGCCAUGGAAACCGAGAACAGUAGCUUGCAAGAUGAAGUUUUAAAGGUUAAGCAGGAGAACAAGCAACUUGAUGAGUACAAUGCAACUUCUGCUUUGUCAUUAAAGGAUAUGCAAAAUGAGAUCUCUAGUUUAAUGGUAUCGAAAGGAAAACUUCAGGAGGAGGUAGAGCUCCGACUUGACGAAAGGAAUGCACUGCAGCAAGAAAUAUAUUGUCUCAAAGAAGAGCUUAAUGAUCUGAACACAAAGCAAGCUGCCAUAUUGAACCAGGUGCAAGCAGUAGGUUUGAAUCCAGAAUCCUUAGAAUCAUCCGUGAAGGGAUUGCAGGAAGAGAAUGCCAGUCUGAAAGAAACAUGCCAUCGAGAAAGUAGUGAGAAAGUUGCUCUUCUGGUGAAACUGGAGCAGCUUCUUGAGAAAAAUUCCCUUUUGGAAACCUCCCUAUCAGAUUUGAAUGCUGAGAUGGAGGCUGUUAGAAGGAAGCUAGAGGAAUUGGAGCUGUCAUGCCAAUCUCUUUUGGGAGAGAAAUCUGCUCUCAGUGAGGAGAAAGCUUCCCUUGCAGCCGAAUUACAAGAAACGAAAACAAAUAUGGAUAAGCUUUCAGAGAAUAACAGAGUUCUGGAAAAUUUUAUAUCUGAUGCAUACCAUCAACUUGAGACAUUGCAGGCUAAAUCAAAAUCGUUAGACGAAUCAUACCAGGUGCUGGUAAACGAGAAGACUGAUUUGAUGAGCACAAAUGAUGGUUUAACUGCUCAGUUAGAGAACAAAAAUCUCAGACUUGCAGAACUCGGCAGAGUUUAUGGAGAACUGGAAGGAAGAUGCAUGACUCUGGAGAAAGACAACGAAUCAACUCUCCGCAGAGUUGAGGAGUUGCAGAACUCUUUGGAGGUGGAGAAACAAGAACAUGCCGAGUAUGUUCAGAUGAGUGAAACUAAGUUCAGUGGCAUUGAGGUGGAGAUGAGCCUUCUGAAAGGGGAAUCUGAAUCCAGAAAGAGAGAACUUGACCGGUUGUUGGAUGAUGCCAUAGUUAAGGAAAUUGAGAUCUUUGUGUUCCACAUAUCUGCUCGAGAGAUGAAAGAGAAUAAUUGCUUGUUGAGUUUACAAAAUCGGGAACUUUUGGAUCAAUCCAUUUUGUCCGAAAAGAAGAUCUCACAGUUGGAACAAAAUAACUUUGAUCAACAAGUUGAGAUCAAAUCUUUAUCUGAGCAAGCUGGAUGGCUGAGGGGAGGGACAUACAAGUUAUUGAAGGUUCUCAAGAUUGUUGAUGAUCAUGCACAUGAGAAUGGUGCUGAUCGAGACCACGGUUAUUUUGACCGGCUGCUGAGUAGACUUCAAGAUAUGGAGAUGUCCCUCCACAGAGCCGAGGAAGAUAAUCUGGGCUUGACAGUUGAAUUAUCAGUUCUUAUUGCAUGGCUCAGGCAGGUUAAAUCGGAAUCACAGAAUCUCGAGGUUGAAAAGAAUACGAUCGAUAAUGAUUUGAGGGCCAAGAUUGAACAGAUCCUAGUGUUGCAGAGUGAAGCUCUUGCUCUCCAUGAGGUGAAUGAAGAAUUUCGAUCAAAAUUGAGGGAGGGCGAUACCAAUAAGGCGGUGCUGGAGACUAAGAUCGAGGAAUUGAAUAGGAAGCUUCUGGAUAUGCAAGGCACUUGCCAUGUCUUGCAAAGAGAGAAAUCGGAAAUUUCGAAGGAGAAAGAGGCCUUGGCUAACGACAUCGUCCAAUUGGAGGAGAAGAACAUUUCCCUUGAAGAGGAAAAUUAUGGGUUAUGUGAUAAGGUUUUAGCUCUAGAGAAUCUCUCCUUGAUAUUCAGAACCUUUGCAGAUGAGAAAUAUAUGGCAUUUAGAGAACUUGGGGAUGAUCGAACCAAACUUCAUCAAAUGAAUAUGGCUCUUUCGACGAAGUUAAACUCGACAACAGGGAGCUUGGAAGAAUCAAAAACUGAGAAUAAUCAGCUCAAGGAAAGGCUGCAGAAGACAGAAGAUGAGUUAAAGGCGGUUGCGACGGCGAGAGAUCAGUUGAGAGAUCAGUUAAGCGUAGAGAUUGAAAACGGAAAGAAACAGGUUGCGGAGAUGUUGCUAGAACUUCAGAAAGCAGAAGAGAAGAUAAAUCUGGUAGAAAAGGAGAAGCUAGAGUUAAAUAAAGGAGUCGAAGAUCUGACAAACAAGUACGAUGAAGUUACAUUGGUUCGUAACGAACAAGAGAACCGGAUCCUCAAACUGUCUGCGGAUAAUGAUCAUUUAAGUAGGGACAGUAAUUUCUUACGGGAGGCAUGUCAGAAACUGGAAGUUGAGCUGCAUCAUUUGCAAGACGAGCAUGAGAAGAGAAGAAUCGAAGAAGAAAAAGUGCAUACUGAGCUGGAAAAUGAAAAGAAACAGGUGGCUUUGAUGUCUUUGGAACUUAAGAACGCAGAAGAGAAGAUAAGUUUAGUCGAAAGAGAGAAACUAGACUUCAAUGAAAGUUUGGAAGAUCUGAGGAAGAAGUACCACACAGUCGAAUUAGCUCAUGGCGAACAAAAGAAUCAUAUUCUCAAACUGUCUGCAGAUAAUGACCAAUUAAGCAGAGACCGUAAUUUGUUGCAUGACGCACGCGACAAACUGGAAGCCGAGCAUGAGAAGAGAAGAAUCGAAGAAGAAAAAUUGCAUACCGAGCUGGAAAAUAAGUUGAAUGAGAUUGAGGAGUUGGAGACUCAGAUUGCCUCAGCAUUCGGACAAUUACAAUCUUCCAUGGUUAGUCAGCUUCUUUACGAGCAGAAAUUUCACGAAGUCCAUGACGAGUGCCUUGGCUACAUGGAUCAAAAUGAAGAUCUCAGAACUCAAUUGGCAGCAUACAGUCCCGAGAUUGCAGCUCUUAAGGAAUGCAUAUCGUCCCUCGAGAGCCACACUAAUAUAAACAUCAAGCUUCAAAGCCCCGAAAAUGAGGAAUUGCAGGGUGAUGAAGUUACAAACGAUCCACAUGAGAUCAUCGUAACCGAAGACAAGAGAGCAUCGAAACCAAGCAUGAUUUCCGAAUUGCACGAUGCCCGGACGAGGCUUCAAGCAAUUUCGAAGGCAGCAAUCGCGAUAAAGGAGCGAAUGGUUCAAGAAAACAUCGAUCUUCAUGCCAAGCUGGAUGCUUCUGCAAGCCAGCUCGAAUUGCUGCAAUCCGAGAGCGCUCGGUACAGGAGAAACACAAGGCCGACAUCCGAAAUCACCGAGGCAGAUAACGCACUUUUGACGAAGGACAUUGUGCUCGAUCAGAUCUCCGACGGUUCGUCUCAUCGAUUCAGGAAAAAGGCCCCUGUCAAUUCAGACAAUCAAAUCAUCGAACUAUGGGAAACUGGCGAUCCCGACGGGACUGUCGGCCUGACUGUCACCAAAUCGAAGAAAACAGCCUCUCCAUCCUCCGCCGAUUUCCGACGCUUAAAGUCAAUGAGGAAACAGAAAGGUCUGAUCCCAACUUCCGAUUCGCUGCUCGACGAGGACUUGAGCUUGGACAAGAUUAACAUCUCGAAACGAUCCACCGAUCCCCUCCCAGACGGAAACCGUCGAAAAGUCCUCGAACGGCUCGACUCCGACGUUCAAAAAUUGGCGAAUCUCCAAAUCACGGUGCAAGACUUGAAGAAGAAACUCGAAGUCACCGAGAAGAACAAGCGAGGGAAAGCUGUGAUUGAGUGCGAGGCGCUCAAAGGACAGCUCGAAGAAGCCGACGUUGCCAUAAUUAAGCUGUUCGAUCUCAACGCGAGACUGAUGAAAACCGUUGACGACAGGUCCUUCUCCGACACCAAAUCCUCGUCGUUCGAAAUCGAAGACGACGCAAUCGCCAAGAGGAGGAAGGUCCAGGAGCAGGCGCGACGAAUGUCCGAGAAAAUCGGGCGGCUGCAGCUGGAAGUGCAGAAGCUGCAAUUCGUCCUGCUCAAGCUCGACGGCGACGAUAAGGAGCGGAGAAGCAAAAUCGCGGAGGCGAGACGACGGAUCCUUUUGCGCGACUAUUUGUACGGCGGCGGCGGCGGCGGGAGGAACGGCGGGCAGAGGCGUAAGAAGACGAGUUUUUGUGCAUGCGUUCAGCCGUCAACUGUCGAGGAUUAAGUUUCGGCUUCAAUACGACGCUUCUUAUUUUCGAUAUCUCGUCCAGCUGUCAGAUUUCGAGGAUUAAGGUUCGGUUUCGAUUCGAUGUUUAUUAUUUUCGAUAUCUGAGAAUGUUUUUUUUUUCUACUUAGCCGUUAAAAUGCACAAUUUUUAUGUUAUGUUCCAUGAAAGGUACUUAUCUUGUAAAUUUGAAAUGAUCUUAAAUCCGGACUCAGAAUAGAUCUGGAUCUACUGCUACGUACGUACUGUGUGUUUAAACUAAACUUGAAGAAUAAUGAAUGCUAAUGCGGGGAUGCAUUUAGCCGUUGC